AUGCAAGUUGGUUGUCUGCAUCCCGUGGCCUGCGUGAUCCUCCUCCUGACACCAUCACUCUCACUCUCACUCUCACACGCCAUGAGCAGCAGCAGAGCCGCGAUGCUUCGUAGACUAAUAACCCAUCGCCACCGCAGCAUCGUCAGCGUCUGCGACGGCAUCGGAUCACCCCAGCGCCAGCUGACCCGCCACCAUUAUUCUAAUCCCCACCAGGGUUAUUCUAAUCCCACCCCCGAUCUCGCCGGGGCGCGCGCGUUUACUUCUUUACUAUCCACGCCAUGGCCAUGCCGCCCGCGCGCGUCCCUGUCGUCGCUCUCCUUCUUCUCCAGCCUGGCUGGAAGGGGCGAGGAUCAGGAGGUGGAAGUGCUGGACAUGGACGCCGGCACGGUGCGCUGCGCGGCCAACUACGCGCCGCUCACGCCGCUCAGCUUCAUCGAGCGCGCCGCGGCCGUGUACGGCGACCGCCCCGCCGUGGUGUACGGGGAGGCCCGGCGGCGCACGUGGAGGGAGGUGCGGGAGCGCUGCGUCCGCGUGGCCGCCGCCCUCGCCGCACGCUUCGGCGUCGCCCGCGGUGACGUGGUGGCUGUGCUCAGCCCGAACGUGCCUGCGAUGUACGAGCUGCACUUCGCCGUGCCCAUGGCCGGCGCUGUGCUCUGCACGUUCAACACGCGGCACGACGCGCCCAUGGUGUCCGCCCUGCUCAAGCACUCCGGCGCCAAGGUGUUCCUCGUCGAGUCCAGCCUCCUCCACGUCGGCAGAGCCGCCCUCAAGCGCAUCGCCGACUCUGAGUCCAACGCCGCCAGCAUUCCGGUUCUCGUAACCAUCUCGGACGACGCCGGCCAAGACUCCGGCCGGGCGGCGGACUACGACUACGAGGGUCUGAUAAAGAGCGCUCCGUCUGCGUUUGACAUCCGGUGGCCGGCGGACGAGCUGGACCCGAUCACGCUCAACUACACGUCCGGCACGACGUCGCGGCCCAAGGGCGUGGUGUACAACCACCGGGGCGCCUACCUCAACACCAUCGGCACCGUCCUGGCCUACGACAUCACCCCGAUGCCGACCUACCUGUGGACGGUGCCCAUGUUCCACUGCAACGGCUGGCACCUACCGUGGGGCGUCGCCAUGCAGGGCGGCACCAACGUUUGCCUCCGCCACUUCACCGCCGCCGUCAUCUUCGACACCAUCGAGCGGCACGGGGUGACGCACAUGGGCGGCGCGCCCACGGUGCUCAACAUGAUCGUCAACGCGCCGGCCGCGGACCGGAGGCCGCUGCCGGGGACGGUGCGCGUCAUGACGGGCGGCGCGCCGCCGCCGCCCCGCGUCCUGGCCGGGAUGGAGGAGCUCGGCUUCGCGGUGUACCACAUCUACGGCCUCACGGAGACGUACGGCCCCGCCACCGUGUGCACGUGGAUGCCGGAGUGGGACGCGCUGCCGGGCGAGGAGCGCGCGCGGCUCAAGGCGCGGCAGGGGUUCCAGCACAUCGCGAUGGAGGAGGCCGACGUCAAGGACCCGGUGACCAUGGAGAGCGUGCCGCGCGACGGCGAGGUGGUGGGCGAGGUGAUGUUCCGCGGCAACACCGUCAUGAGCGGAUACUACAAGGACAUCACCGCCACCAAGGAGUCCAUGGCCGGCGGGUGGCUGCACACUGGAGACCUCGCCGUGCGGCACCCGGACGGGUACAUCCAGCUCAAGGACCGGGCCAAGGACAUCAUCAUAUCAGGCGGCGAGAACAUCAGCUCGAUCGAGGUGGAGUCGGUGAUCUUCAGCCACCCGGCGGUGCUGGAGGCGGCGGUCGUGGCGAGGCCCGACGACCACUGGGGGGAGACGCCAUGCGCGUUCGUCAAGCUGAAGGACGGUGCUAUUGCCACGGAGGCAGAGAUCAUCGGCUUCUGCCGGGAGAGGCUGCCGCACUUCAUGGCGCCCAAGACGGUGGUGUUUGAGGAUCUGCCCAAGACUUCGACGGGGAAGACGCAGAAGUUUGUUCUCCGGGAGAAGGCCCGGGCAAUGGGCAGCCUUACCAAGAUAGUAGGAAACAACAGCAAACUGUAA